CUUCUCGUUCGGUCCGUGCCGGAGAGAGUCGCGCCCGGAGGAGCAACCCCGGAGCAGCGAGCCCUCCACGACCGCGCCGACCGCGCCCGCCGCGCCCGCCUCGCCCCCGUGAAGGAGGUCGGCACGUUAGACCACGCCCCAGGCCCGGCACCGCAACCGGCGCCGCCAGGAUAGCGGAGAGACCGGAGCCGGCAGAGAGGAUAGCAGCAGUAGCACCGAGGAUUCUCUCGCGAGGCUCGCCAGCAUGGAGCGCGCGGCCCAGCUGGCCGUGGUGCUCGUCGUCGUGGCGGUCCUGGCCGCCCCCGGCCCGGCCGGCAGCUCGCCCGUCCCGGCGGUCCAGGAGAACGCCGAGGUCCCCAGCCAGAACGGUGUCGACGGCUACCUGGCCGACAUGCCGUCCUCGCAGCUGCGAGAGGUGACGGAGGCGCUGGUGGACCUGGUGCGCAAGGACCCCUGGAAGAACAACAAGCCGCCGCUCGUGUUCAUCGAGCCCGCGUCCCAGGACGAGGAUGAGGGCCGAGUCAGCCAGCCGGGCCCCGGGCCCAACCCGGACGAGUACGACGACCUGUUCAGCCAGGUCCACAAGCGCAGCCGCUACUACCGCCGCUACCCGUGGAAGCGCGUCACCCGCACGCGCGGCUCGUACGACCCGGACCAGUACAACAUGUGCAACCCGUCGCGCGAGGACGUGAUCCAGCUGCUGGUCGGGCUGCACCGCGCCAAGGAGGGCGACCUCGGCCGCACCAUCCAGUUCUGCAACCGGAAGCGGCCCGCCUCCUCCGUCUUCACCAACAUCCGCUUCAUCGGAUAGGAGGAAGCUCCCCAGGUGGGCCCCCACGCGAGGCGCGGUCAUGUGGAGAUAGACUCUCAGAUGCGACAGAGGGCAGAGGGGUGCAAAGUUUGGCUCGGUCAGAUCUGAUGCAAGCGUGGCCUGAAGGGAAGGAAGGAUUCUAAUCAUGGUUGUUGCAGCAGGAUAGUUUAGUGGGAGGGGUUCUUCCAGACAACUAUUUGCAAUGCAUUUCGUAUUGUACAAAUUUGGUUUUGUUCUUAUUUGAGUACUACUUUCUCAGGAUUAGGAAAUAUAUCACCUUGGAUCAGGGCCCACAGUACCUUUUCCUCAAAUUACGGCUCGUUUGUUCUAUUGUACUUUUUGCAAUGCAAGUAAAUUUAUUUAGUAGCAAAGAAAAAUGUCAUUCGAGAUGUUUCUGCAAACGUAUAUAGGGCAGUCAUGUUGAGCAUCAAAAUUUGACAAUGACAAUACAAAAAAAAAAAAACGGUUUUGAUGAAGGAAUGUGCAAUUAUGAAGGAGGCCUAGCCUAGGUGCUUCAAGCGCCAAGAGUAAACUGUCAAAUUGAUUGAGGACUUGGCUGCCUUCUCUUUACGCUCACUACAUUCAACCGCGAUGCAUAUCAUCAGAGAAGUGCCACGAUACUACUCUCCCCCAGUGAAAACAAAGCUGUGCUCCUUCAGCGUGCUGGAGGGUGUAGCAGAACUGAAAGUUGAUAUUUUAAGAGACCUCGCAUAUGUUGCUUCUUUGUUCUGAUUUUUUGCCUAGCUUUCCCUGUGCUCUGAGGUGCGAUUCACUCCUCUGUCGCCACCUAACGUGGUCGACACGGUGACAAACGCUGCCAAUCCCUACCUAAACUUUAGACUGAACUUUUUUUAAAACUCUGAGUAUAUUUUGAAUAUCUCUUGUAAAUUUAGGCUUCUUUUCGGAGAUGAUUUACUUCCCCUUUCGAUCUUAUCGCUGUGCACAUUCCGCGUUCCUAGUGCCAUUUAGGCGGAAUGAUUCUAUCUUUGAAUAGACGGAGAUAUACUGAGGGUGCUUACAACUAACACAAUCAUGAGUAGCUAUACGUUCGAUACCGUUAAUCAAUGAAUGGAAAUACAUCAAAAGCAUUGCAGGAUCGCGUCGCAUACUCAUGAAAAGCCAACCAAAUAAGCUCAAAGACCUAUACAAAUAGUUAAUAAUUUCUAAAGAUGAGUUGUGCAAUCCAACCUAAUCCUGCAAUCUAGGUGCAGAUUGGGUUGAGGCUCCAUUGAAGUAUACUGUUGUUAGCAGCCCUGGAGUAUUUCCUUAGCUAACCUAUCACAAAUUUGUCUCCUUUCCAGGAACUUUGCUAUCAUCUCUAAAAAUAAUGAACGGUUGUGGAAAGCGUAACUGAUGCGGUCAAUUAAAUGUUGCUGAGAAUUGCGUUGAGAAUGUGAUUAAAAAGUAGAUGAGUUAUCGUUUCGGUGUGGAUCCA